AUGGAUGCUCAACAACAAUCCGUCUACAACUAUUCUCAGCAGAUUGAAUCAACUGAUCAAACACCCAUUCCUUCUCAACAAACAACUAUUACUACUGGUGUCGUUUCUACCCCAAUCUAUAAAGAACCUCACAUUCUAGACCGUGAACCUCAUAUUCAUCUUGUUAUGCCCUUUGACAAGCUUGAAGUGUUGUGCGAAUCAUUGAUAGACUUUGACAACAUGAAGCGCAAUGGCAUAGACCUCACUGAGGAACUAAGAAUGCAAGGAUGGGAAACCUACUUCCAGACACUCUACGGCCCUGUGUACGCUUAUCUGGUAAAGGAGUUCUGGCAUUUUGCAGACGCAGAUGACCACUACAUCGUCUCAUAUGUUCUAGGGGUCAAGAUGGUAAUCACUGAGAAAUCCACCGCCUCCCUUCUGAACAUAGAGAAGACAGGGGGAAGAAGAAUCUAUAACAUUAACCCUAGGGCAAAAGCUAAACCUACUCUAGACACAUCCUGGGAAGCACUCAAGGAUCAAAGGAAGACUCCCAACAGUCUAUACAUCUUCUCCAAGAUUGACCCUCCAGAAGUGGCGGCACACUAUCUCCACGACCUUGCAAGCCAAGGGGUUGAUAUUUCUGAGUUCUCUGUGGAUUGGUUGCCUGAGCAUCCACCAAACUUCAUGAAGAGAAUGAGAGAUCCUUCUGAAAAGUCAAAGAAGGCCAAGAAGGAUAAAUUGGGAGAAACCUCUGGGUCAAGACCUCCAGUCCCUCUGGAUGAUUCUCCAAGUAAGUCUCUACCUCAUUCUCACUCUGUUAAAUUAAAGCCACUUGCUUCUUCUCUUCCCCAAACCACUCCUAUCUACACCCAAUCAGAAACACCACCCUCUACCUUCAAAUCUUCUAACCCACCUUAUCUAAAAUUCAAUCUCGCAACCACUACCUUACCCGUUUCUGAAGCAGAAAUGUUGAACGAAACCACCUCACCAUCUUCUUCUACACCUUCAUCCCCACCAUACUACAUCCUUUCAUCAGACACCGAACCCUCUGAUCCCCAAUCCCCCAUAUUAGCCCAACUUCAGGCGUGUGUUCUUGCCUCACAGCAACCACCACAACCUGAACCAGAAGCCACCUCUCCACCCCCUGAACAACAAAAUCCACCACCAUCUGAACAACCUCAAACACCACCUCCUGAACAACCAACAAACACACCACCUUCUGAACAACCAGCAACUCUACCCUCUGAACAACAACCCAGAACACCACUCGCACAAACACCACCACCACCCUCUGAUAUUCCCAUCAUACCAACCUCUGAAGACAUCAUCAUCCCUACUCAAACUCCUCCUGACACCAACCAAACACCACCAUCAUCCCCAUCCCCCAACUCUAAAACAGAACCUGCAUUCCCCACCCUAGAAGAAGCAAUCACUUUAUUUGCAUUGUCUUCAGUGGAGAAGAUCAAAUAUGCAAGAUAA